AUGGGAGAACUAACCAACGUCGUGUCCUGUCCGGUUCCCACCCCUAACCCGAUUUCCUCUCCGUACCCUUCCCCUUCUACCUCCCGUCAGCGGGAGCUCGCGACACGAGACGGCUUCCGUUAUUGGUUCGAUUUGGACACUAACUACCCUGCCGAGGGCAGGAGUCUGGAGGGUGGGUGCGCUAAUGCUCCCGCCAGGCUUCUCGGCAACUUACUCCGUGAGAAGUACCGUCCUCCUGCAGGGCUACCUGGCGGUCACGGCCACGGCCAUGGUCCCGGCCAUCACCACCAUGAGGCCUGCGCAUUCUGUCCCAAGGUGUCAUUAAAAGACCUCAGACCGACGUGUGCGGUCACAAUACUCCCUUACUUGCAUACCCCGCGUGACACAGGACGACGCUCCUCAGACCCCCCGGGGGGCGUUGGCGUGGGCGUGGAGGCUGGAAUUCUCGUCGUCCGGCUCCACCUAUCACAUCCAUUGCACCCGCCAUCUCUGCCGUCGGCCGUCUUCCUCCGGAUAGACGCAUCGAGCCAAGCGUUGCCCGCGAACAACAACACUCGCUCGAUCUGA